GUUCUCACCUCUGCUGCAGAGUCUUAUCAGCCACUGCGUUGUUUCGCAGCUGCUCUGCAUAGGCUACUUGUGCUCAACAGCAUGGCUAAAGUGCUAUAUGCUAUAGCAAUUUUACUUAUUGCUUCAAGAGCUUCACCAGAAUCCACAACAGUGACUGUUGGGUCUAAAUCCGCUGCAACGCUGACCACUAUACCUCGAGCAGAUGCUGCAUCUUCUUCACCACAAUCAACCACUCACACCACUGUGUCAUCGACAACACUGACCACAAGAUCAAGCUUCACUGACAGACAUGAGUCAACAAGGCACUCUUCUGAAGCAACCUCUCAUACUUCCGCUACUAAUUCUCUCAGCACAGCCACCGCAAAACAUGCUACAACUGACACACAUCGGUCAAAAAGUCCAGAAACAAGCACGUCUUCAAGAGCAACUGGACAGCAUUCAGCAUCAGUCACAUCUUCACAACGAGGCAACAGCACAGUCUCUGAGCAAACAACAAAAACGGUCCAAAAUGCCAGCAGUACACAACCCGACGCAACAGCUUCAACAAAGAAAGUAAACACAACCCAGACCACAGCUUCACAAGGUGUGGGAGGUAAAAGCUUGCCGAUGAGUCCAGGGGUUGUGGCCGUCCUGUGCAUUUUCUUCAUAGUUCUGGCUUUGGUACUCGUGGUGGUGAUCGCCAAGGUCAUCACCACUUACAGGAAGCCGAAGUUCGAAAGGCUGGACGAUUUACCAAUGAGCAAGAUAAGUGAGGAUUCACCAUUUGCCCGAUACCCUCCAAAAUAGAGAAGGCUUUGAAGAUUUUCAUCAAGUGCACUAAAAACUCCAUGCGGAUGUGAAAGACCUUUAAAUUUCAAUAUGGAGUCCAGAGUGUCCUGCUAAUGGAAAAACAGUUGAGAUGCUCCUGCACUGUGGCCUAAAGCACAGUUAGCAUGUUAAGCAUGUAUAAAGAAGUAGAAAUGACCCCUGUGAUAUAGGUCAACUCUUUUUCUCAUUAAUGCUCCAGUGAAAUGUAGCGGUAGAGUGGAAAUUUUCAGACAGAAUAUACUACUGCACUAUAAGUAAAUGAUUCUUUUUCUGAGUUGAUUGUGAGAUGCCUGUUUUAACCAACAUGUAACAGAAAAGUCUGUACCACUGUUAUUUUUUGUGUAUGUGUGAUAAUGUAAUCAUGGCCGUAACCAGCACGAGAACGCCAAGGUCCGGACCUUAAAAGUUUUAGAUGGGCUUUUUGAGAUUCAGUGUGGAAAAUGCGGUGAGACUAUGCAGUCAGCAGUGACUGGUUCUUAGCUGACCUCAGAACAGCUGUGGUUUGGCCAUAGAUUUUACUGCCCGAUAUGUUUAUAUCUGCAUGAGAUUCUAAGCUACCAAGAGUGACUUUGGCUUCUUGAGAUGAUUAGGUAUAGAACACAUACAGAGUUUAUGAGGGAAAUUAAUAGAUUAUGCUUGUAAACUACAAAUCCCAUCAUUCUUUUAUUGCUAACUAAAUCAGGGUGCUUUAGUCUUGUUCUUGUAGCUGGAAGCAAGAGGAAAAAAAAAAGACAGAGGUAAAUGAAAUAAUGUAAGACUAUCAACCAAACUGGCAAAACAGGUUCAAAGUCAUAGUUGAAAACACAUUUUGGACUUUAGACUAAAAUCCUUUUGCUUUGAAUGACAUUAUGCCUUGCUUAUGUUUAAUUUAUUAAAAUAACUACCAAACCAAUAAUAAUGCCUCUGAAACUUUACCAAAUGUCUCGGCAGUGACAAUUUUAGCAAAUUUUGAGGAUGAAUCAAAUAUAGUGCAUGACAUGCUAUAUGGUACAUGACAAGCAAACACAGUUUUGAACAGCUGUACGCUCAUAAAAUCAUAAUUUUUUCAAUAAAACAUCAAAAAGUUUA